AUGAACAACAUGUCGCCGGAAGUUGCACUGCACAGGAUCUCACCAGAGUUGCGACCCUUACUGUGUAGUGUGGUGCGUAAUGGCCGUGUGGGACUCGACGCCACUAAUUGCCUCAGAGUCACAGACCUCAAAACAGGAUGUACAUCUCUGACCCCUGGUCCUUGCUGUGAUCGCUUCAAACUUCACAUCCCUUAUGCGGGAGAAACCCUCAAAUGGGAUAUUAUAUUUAACGCCCACUAUCCAGAACUGCCCCCAGAUUUUAUUUUUGGGGAAGAUGCAGAGUUUCUGCCUGAACCUUCAGAAUUACCACAUUUGGUCCAGUGGGAUGCCGGAAACCCAGACAGUUUGCUUCAGCUUGUCAAGGAGCUCAUCCAGCAGUACCACCUCUACCAAUGUCAGCGUCUCCGUGAAAGCUCCAGACUUCUCUUUGAGUAUGAUAGUCUGCUAGAGGAUCCUAACUAUGGUCAUAAUAUGGAGAUAUAUGCUGGACACAAGAACAGCUGGACAGGGGAGUUUUCAGCUCGCUUUCUUCUGAAAUUGCCUGUGGACUUCAACAACAUCCCAAUCUAUCUACUGAAGGAUACUGCACUGGACCCUGGAGAGCAUGUGGCUCUUCUGUCUGUGAGCUUUGAGGAUGCAGAGGCAACUCAAGUAUUCCCCAAACUCUACCUUUCUCCAAGUAUUGAACAUGCCCUGGGAGGUGCCUCUGCACUACAUAUUCCAGCAUUCCCCAGUGGAGGAUGCUUGAUUGACUACGUCCCACAGGUGUGCCAGUUACUCACCAACAAGGUGCAGUAUGUCAUCCAAGGCUACCACAAAAGGCGGGAGUACAUUGCCGCAUUCCUCAGCCACUUUGGAAUGGGAGUGGUGGAGUAUGAUGCCGAGGGAUUUACAAAGCUUACUCUUCUACUCAUGUGGAAAGACUUUUGCUUCCUAGUACACGUGGAUCUCCCACUGUACUUCCCAAGAGACCAGCCCACCCUCACGUUCCAGUCCGUGUACCACUUCACCAGCAGUGGGCAGCUUUAUUCUCAAGUGCAGAAGUCAUAUCCUUACAGCCCACGCUGGGAUGGCAAUGAAAUGGCCAAGAGAGCAAAGGCUUACUUCAAGACCUUCAUCCCGCAGUUCCAAGAAGGAGCCUUUGCCAAUGGCAAACUGUAA